AUGUCCACCGUCAAAUUGCCCACCUGGAAGACAAAAAACUUCACAGCAGCAGCCCCGAUAGAAGCAGAAUUACUUACCGAGUUCUCCAUCGAUGCGCCGCCAUCAAGUGAUCUCUGGUCCUUCCCAGAUUCAACAGCAAAGAACAACAUCCCGAUGGUGUACAAACAAAUACCGCUAGGUAAAUUUAAAAGAAUGCGUGUCACGCUAUCCACCAAAACCAUGGCACAAUAUACCCAAGGGGGGCUAGUGAUGAUGAUGGGGGAAGCAGCGGGAAACGAAAAAUGGAUCAAAACGGGGAUUGAAGUGAUGAACGGAGAGCAGAUGGUAUGUGUUGUGGGGAAAGAUCAAGGGCCUGAUAUGAGUCUUGGUCGUCGGCUCAGUGCAGGUGAAUGGUUCACGAUUGAAAUGGCGAGGAAAGAUCAUGACCUUGUCAUUAGCGAUGUGAGCAUGGAGAGUGGGAGCGAGACGGGACAUGUCUCGAUUCUUCGUGAGAUUGGGUGGGUGUUUGCUGGAGAUUUGGCGGUGGAGUGUUUGUUUGGUGUCUAUGCGGCGAAGCCUGGGACUACGGAUGAGGAGGGCGUGGUUGAAUUUAGAGAUCUUGUUUUUGAGGGGGAGGAUUUGGAUUGA